AUGGACUAUCCAAAAUACUUCAAAUAUUUCUGUAUUUUCACUUUAUUUAUUCUGAUCGUUUACGCAGUUAUAACUAGACCAUAUUCGUAUGCAUUACGAUCACUACAUAUAUCACUUGUGGAACUGUAUACCCGCAGAGAUCCUUUCUCGACAAACACGUCACUGGUUAAUGGGACAAAUAGUGUAGUUAACAAUGACUUACCUUUGGUAACCAGUGAAUUUCAUACGCGACGAUCGGUGUAUCAUCCUCAGUUACCGAUACAUAUUUUUACUCAAAAUCUAUCGUUGAUUGGCAAUAAUAGUAAAUUAAUCUUGUUAGGCAACGGAUUUUUCGGUGAUCGUACAUGGGAAGGUGCUGGUUCAGGCGGGAAAACGUCUGCUCAAAGGAUGACGUCGCUUUAUUGCCCAUUUCUGUCCGAUAGAUGUGAUAUCACACAUGAUUUUAGUCGUUUUUUACAAGCGGACGCAGUAGUCUAUCACCUACGCGAUGGAAUUGAUAUGAAUCGUGCAAAGGAAAAACGUCUUCCUAAUCAACGUUUCGUUUUCGCUCUUUGGGAAUCACCAGCACACACGCCAAAUUUGCAAUCCUAUCGUCAAUUCUUCAACUGGACGAUGUCCUAUCGAUUCGAAUCACAUGUUAUUACAUCAUACUAUUCCGGUAACGCGUACGUUCAUACAUCGAGUGACUAUUAUCGUGCGAUGCUAAAUGAGAAUUCUACACGAAAGCUUAAUUUGAAAACAAGAUUACCCGAUCAUCGACCGUCGGACGAAGUUUUACAAAAGAAAAAAUUAGGAACGGCUGCCGCUCUAAUAUCUAAUUGUGGUGGAAGUAGUAAACGUUUGGAGUUCAUACGAGGACUACAACGAUACAUCGAUGUGAAAAUCUACGGACGGUGUGGCGAAUCGUGUCCACCAAACAUAAAUUGUCGACAAUUCAUUGCACAAAAUUAUUAUUUUAUUUUAAGUUUUGAAAAUAGUCUUUGCACAGACUAUACGACCGAGAAGUUCUUUGCCGCACUUGAACAUCCGGUGAUACCUGUUGUGUUCGGACGAACAAAUUAUUCUGCUUUCAUUCCAUCAUCGGGAUUUAUUGAUGCAAAGCAAUUCUCUACGAUGAGUGUGUUGGCAAAACUGUUGAAUGAUACGCGCAAUGAUAAAGAGAAAUAUUUAUCUUAUUUCGCUUGGAAAAAAGAUUAUGUUUGGGGCCUUGGAGCCUUCUUUACUCCUUUCUGUGAUCUCUGUCUAAGACUUCAUCUCGAUUCGAAAACUAAUGUUAUUGAUGAUAUACACAAAUGGUGGUUUGAUGGCACUUGUGAAUCAGCAACUAUUCCAAAAUAG